AGGUCCAAGUGGAAUUCAUGGAGAGUUCCAUGGCCGGAAGCACUUUGUUUUCCACGCGCGGAGGGUGAAGUCAACAGCUUGAUACAACAAGUGACCGAUGAUUAUGGAUUGGAGGUGUCAGUGGGGCUUCCGCAGCCGACAGCGAUUGGAUCAGAAGAUCAAAUUGUAGACGUUGUCGGAAUUACUGAGGAGGUGUUGGCGUUUGCAAGGAAUAUUGCACAUCAUCCAGAGACUUGGUUGGAUUUUCUGUUAUCGGAGGAAAAAGACAUUAACGGUAUGCGAGUGAUUUUUGAUUACCUAAUGCUCAUUCAUUACAGUAUGUGA